CGACUUGCUGCCUAAUUCUUCUUUCUGUUUGCGGUCUGGUCUAUCUUUUCAGGGUUUGGGUUUUUGGGUUCUCAUAAAUCAUAAUCUCCCUUGAUAUUGACCAAAUCCACAAAUUUUCCUAUUUUGGAACGAUUCUUCAUCGUAUUAUUUUUUAAAAAAGUUUAUCAUUUAUAUUGAUGAUCCUUUGUGUUUGGAUUUUUGAUGAUUGGUGAAAUUUGGGAAAAUAAAUGGGGAAGCAACGAUCUCUUCGUAGUAAAGCAGUCAAUCUUUUCUCAGACUUCACCACUAUCCUACUUAACCCCAUUUCUGAUAAAAUCUCCAAGAAUCCCCCUUCUCCUUCUGAGAAUGAUGAAAUGGACUCAGAGGAAAGUCAGCAAGAGUCAAUUUGUGAAGAGGGUUCUUUAAAUUCAGUUGAUGGACCUGAUACCUCAUCUUUUACUGCCUUUCUUUAUUCUCUAUUAAAAGAUGAUUACUUUAGUGCCGAAAGAGAAGAUGGACAGCAGAAUAAUGAUAAUAGUACUAAUAAUAUAGCAACUGUUAAAGUUGAAUCAGAACCUGAAACUGGAGCUGGAGCUGAAAUCAAGCCUGAACCUGUAAUGGCAGAACCUGAAAAAGUGAGUGUAGUGAAAGAGAGUAGUGGAAAGAGAGGGUUGAUUUCUAAGGGGAGACAGUCUAUUGGUAAAGCUAUGAAUUAUGCAACCAGAUUAGCAUGGUUCCGGAGUCAAGCAUCCGAGAGAACGCCAAAGUCUGAAGCUAAAACUGAUGGUAAAGAUGGUAAUCAAGAUGGAGGAAACAUGAGUCCAAUAGAGAGGACAAAUGAACAGAUUUUAUCACUGGCUGAACUCCCAGACAUGUCUGAAAAGUCAUUGCUUCUUUCAGAGAAAACCAGGAUCAUACUCUAUGCUUCCCUUCCAGCCCUUGUUAAAGGACGAAAAUGGGUGUUGCUCUACAGCACAUGGAGGCAUGGCAUUUCACUCUCAACCCUUUAUCGGAAGAGCCUGCUCUGCCCUGGCUUGAGCCUGCUGGUGGUUGGUGAUCGAGGAGGUGCAGUUUUUGGUGGCUUGGUCGAGGCACCACUUAAACCUUCUAAAAGCAGGAGGUAUCAGGGGACAAAUAGCACAUUUCUUUUUACUGAUGUAGCUGGCCAACCAGCUAUUUAUCGUCCCACAGGUAUAAAUCGGUAUUAUACAGUGUGUUCUCCUGAUUUCCUUGCACUGGGUGGUGGUCGUCACUUUGCACUAUACCUUGACAGCGAUCUAUUGAAUGGAUCAAGUGCUGCAUCUGACACCUAUGGCAAUUCUUGCCUUGCUCUUUCAGAAGAUUUCGCCGUUAAAGAAGUUGAGUUAUGGGGCUUCGUAUAUGCUUCAAAGUACGAGGAAAUUCUUGCUUUAAGUCAGAAUGAGCUACCUGGUAUAUGUAGAUGGUGACUUUUGUAAGAAGUCAAUAAUACCGGAGUGAUUACGCUCUGGGAUCAUGAUUUUGCCGGAUAUUAGGUGCUCUUUUAACUAACUUUGGAAUGCCCAACAUUGUAUAUAUUGCAACUGCAUCCUCCACUGUUAUACCAUGACAAUGGAAAGAAACCUACUGCUUUUGUACAGAUUAUGUAUAGAGUACCAGCAGAAGUUCAAUCAUCACUGGUUUAGAUUUGUAAAACCUACUGUUACCCAUGAAGAUUUUAACAUGUCAAUCUAGAAAUCUCAACUCUUUUCAUCCCUAGCAAGAACAAAAAGGUAAAAUGUGCAGUAGCUAAUUUGGUUGCUACUUUCACCUAGACUGAACCGAACUGUUGAGACCUUUCUGCACUGGUAUUGUAAUACUCCUUAUGUCUCGUUUCACUUUUUC